GAAGCGGGAAAGAACAUAGAACGUCUAUGGCACAACAAAAUAUUAUGGCAACAGAGUAAUCUUAGCGGAACCAAAACAAUUUAAAGAUACUACUGAACUUUUGUGAAAAUCGGUUGUAACAAAUGUCAAUUUACGGAAAUAUAUUGUUUUACAAGACCACAGGAGAAUACAAGGAUAUUCUAUUCUCCUCUCAAAUUAUAUUGAAUAAGAUGAAAUCUAGACGCACCCAAAAGUCUACAAAACCCCGUUUACAAGACCCCAAACUCGCUGAUAAGGGGCACAAGUCAGCAUCGAAGAGCCAUGCCAAACCACCAUGUGAAUCUUAUCCUGCCCCAAAAAAGCCUUUCACUGGGAAACUAUUCUACUUAGAUUUGCCAUCAAACAGAAGAGCAGAGACAUUAGAGAAUGAUAUCAAACGGUUUGGAGGGACGGUGGAGAAGUUCUUCAGCAAGGAGAUCAAGUACCUGGUGUCUAAUAAGAGAGAGGCCAGGUAUGUGCAUUGUCAUGGCCGCGACUCACUUGUCCCAAGCCCUGACUCUGGGCACAGCUCCCCCCACCCUCACCCCCGUCCUGGCAGCCACAGAGACAGCCUCAAAGGAAGUUCCCAGGGCCAGGCAGACAUGGUGGUCAUAAGCAGGGGCAAGUCUUUUGUGAAGAGAGUUGUAAAAGAGCAGGUGAGAAUACAGGUCAACGAGAUCCUAUCCAAUGCUCUGGAGUGGGGAGUGAAAAUCCUGUACAUUGAUGAUGUAAUAGCUUAUAUGGAAAAGAAGAAAAGGAAUGUUAAGUAUACUGCUGAAAAGCCAACCGCAACCACAUCUGCUGUCAAGAAAAGUGCCAAAGGAGAACCUGCAGGAAAUCCAGCCUUCCAGAAGUAUAAGGGUGGAAGGAUCCGUAAACCCUUUGUAAAGGUAGUGGACUCCAGCAGACAUUACCGUCCAAUUUAUCUGGCCAUGCCGAACAUGCCAGAGUUUAACCUAACGUCAGCUCCCCCCUGCAGUCCCUUCUAUGUAGAGGACCAGGAACACUCUGGGAAGAGACCUAAAGAGCACGGGUGUCUCAGGAACCGAGGGGUGAGAGUAUCAGCCAGUGAGGAGAGGGGGCAGGACCCGGCCAGGAGGAACAGGGAGAAGAAACGUGGAGGCUACUGCGAGUGCUGCACGCUCAAAUACAACAACAUCAAAGCUCACCUGCAGAGUGAGCAGCACACGGCCUUCUCCAGAAGUGAUGAGUACCUGGUGGUGGACAGGCUCAUCACCACACUGCCCUUCAACUUCAGUCACGUCAAAACAACACAAACUCCAACCACAAGGUCAAAGUACAGCAUAACCUCCCUGUUGUGUGUUCCUGGACCCAGCAUACAGAAGGAGGGAGGUGUGGAAACCAAAGAGCUUAAGGGGGGAUUAAUGUCCCUCUGGUCUACUACAGUGGAGCACCCUCUCUCCCAGAGUGUGGAAAAACCCUUGGAACAGCCUCGGAAGUGCAGCCGAGGAGCCCCUGUUCCCCACAGCACCCACGAGGGGGAGAAGAGGUGCUCUUACGUCUCAGACAGACCCCAGCCCAAGCACAGAUCCCUGUCCUGCAAACAUUGCUGCCGACAGGGAUCCCCGCGCAAGCACCCCCAGAGGGCUGGGCUGAGUCAGACACCUGUGUCUAAUGCAGAAAUAGACCCUUCUACCCAUGACUCUGUCGCCAACCCCAGACUUUCCCAUCAGGGCCAGAGAACUCACACAGACAAAGAUGGCCACUCUUCAUUUAGUCACACAGAGGAUUUACAAUGUGGCGAUCCAGCUGGACGUGUGAAUGUCGAUUCCAGUCAGCACGAGGUGGCAGGGCCUUCAGAACACCACAAGCUCAGAGCUUUAGAGGAGAGUGAACUGAGUCAUGAUACGUUGGCUGGGGAUACUCUUCCCGGGAAUACUGUGGGUGUUUCGGAGCUCGAGGCAGGUGACACGGAGACACACACCCCUCCUCCUGCCAGGACGUUACAGAGGAGGGUCAGGGAUUACAGACGGAAGAGAAGGAAAGUUGAGAAGCAGCAGACUGCUCAGGAGCAGGAAAAACCGAGCAAUGUUCCCAGCAGCUCUCUGCUGAACCUCUGGCAGCUGUUCCACUCCAGUGAGGACAUGGAGUGUGAGUUCAGAGGCUUUCCCAGCUGUUCAACUCCAGUGAGUACAUAGACUGGGAGUUCCAGGCCUUCCCCAGCUAGAGGAGAGUGGGGGGGGUUUGGGUGACCCAGAAUCUUCCCAAUAUGAGCACUAACUUGUUACGGACUCACUGUAUGAACUUAUUGUAUGACAGUUUCAUUGAGUGACAUAGCAGAUCUAUAUGGGAACCUGUUGACUGUGGCUCUUUAAACCUAUGACUUCUAUAAAGGGAAUAGUUCUCUUCAGGUUGGGAGGGUGGUGGCGCAACACUUGUGUUGAUUUAACCAUGGCAGCUUUUAGUCUACCUGGCUUUUUUUACCAUGACUGGUUUUAUCUGGAGAACAGGCUGGAGCACUAUCCUCAGUCCUGUACAACGCCUGCAUGUGUUCUGGUGUCCAGAGGAACUGCAUGGUUGUGUUUUUGGUAUGUGGUAUUGUACAUUUAAAAAUAAAAA